AUGUCUGAGCAAGUGAUCCAAGACUUCGAUAAAUAUUUUGAGGGGCUUCUCGAGAUGUUCCCGCCGGACGAAGAUGAGAAGAAACCCCUUCAGAGGGCAGCUACAGAGAUACCACUCACGCUGGCUGAUAAUGAGGGUUUUCUUCCUCGAAAGGUAUGUUCUGUGAACGUUCCUUCGGUGGAAGAGGCUCGAACAGAACAUUCGGUCACACUGAAGACAACCGAGGCGUCCAAUGACCUCACUUUGCAAGCGGAUCCAUCCCGGUUACCAAGUCCUGCAAAAGUGCUACUUACGAUACCAGCUAAACGCAAAUGUGAGGACAUGGUCGAAGUAUCAUCGACCGUCUCAAAGAAAUUGCGAGGGACGUAUUUGAACUCCCCGGAGCCGGGAACAACAUGGGGAGAUUUCAAAAUCGACGGAAUAGACUCUGGAAAAAUGAUCAAAAAAAUCAAUUAUUCCACAGGCAAUACUCAAAACUCCAAGCAUUUCCCCGGGCCACAAUUUGUUUGCACCUCUCCAGGAUGCAAUAUGACCACAAAAACAUCGGGCGACAUGCGAAAGCACUGGCAAACGUCUCGACAUUCCCAAGGUGCCAAAUAUCAGUGUCAUCCAUUAAAAGGUGACGCUGCAAAGUGUACCUGCUCAAAGCCGUCACGAUUCAUGCAGGUAUAUGCCCUUAAAAGACAUUUGGCUACUACCAAAGUGAUUGCCUCACGAUCCCCUGCUUUCGACGCUACUCCUUAUAUGAUUUAA